UACGAAUUAGCUAAUUAUUUAAAUCCCAUUUUUACUCGAAGAAGAAAAAAUUACCACCACAAAUCGCGUAAUCCGCAGCAAAUUGAGGCGUCGAAUGACGGAACUACCCUCCACCUCAGCCCACAGCCAACCACUCUGCAACUUCCAUUAUUUCCCUCCCAAUUCAUUUCCUCUCUCUAUUUAUCUCCACUGAAACACUCUGACAGAGAGAGAACCCCAAAAGAACACAGCGAAACCGAAAAUGACGGAAGGAGGGACGACCUUGGAGUUCACUCCGACAUGGAUCGUCGCCGUCGUCUGCACAUUCAUCGUCGUCAUCUCCCUCGCCGUCGAGCGGCUCCUCCACUACCUCGGCAAGUUGAUGAAGCGGAAGAACCAGAAGCCGCUGUUCGAAGCCCUGCAGAAGAUCAAAGAAGAAUUGAUGCUUUUGGGGUUUAUUUCCCUGCUGCUGACGGUGUUUCAGAACAGAAUCAACUCCAUGUGCAUACCCGAGCACUUGACCGAGGAAUGGCUGCCGUGCAAAAAGGAAGAUGAGUCGGAAUCGGCGGCGGCGACGAAGCAUUUCGUGGCCUCUUCGUUCUCUUUCUUCGCCGGCGGCGGCGGGGGGAGCCGUCGCCUUCUGGCGGAGGCCGCUGGGAACAGCUGCAAAGAGAUUGGACAGGGUAAGGUGCCAAUCCUGUCGACAACAGCAUUGCACCAUCUACACAUAUUCAUCUUCGUGCUGGCCUGCGUCCAUGUCGCUUUCUCAGCUCUCACCAUUCUUUUUGGGAGCGCAAAGAUAAGGCAGUGGAAGCAUUGGGAAGAUGCUGUCUCAAAGCAAGAUUUGGACCCUGAAAAUGGUGGUAGACUGAUCCAUGUCCAAGAUCAUGAUUUCAUCAAGAACCGGUUUCAAGGAAUGGGGAGGAACUCUUACAUUUUUGGUUUGGUGCAUUCAUUUUUCAAGCAAUUCUAUGGAUCGGUUAGCAAAUCUGAUUACAUCACAUUGCGGGCAGGUUUCAUCAUGACUCACUGCAGGGGAAGUCCGAAGUUCAAUUUCCACAAGUACAUGAUGCGAGCGCUCGAAGCUGACUUCAAGAAGGUCGUUGGUAUCAGUUGGUAUCUUUGGAUCUUUGUCGUUAUCUUCUUGUUACUGAAUGUGGCUGGAUGGCAUGCAUACUUCUGGAUAGCUUUCGUUCCCUUCGGUCUUCUACUAGCAGUCGGUACCAAGUUAGAGCACAUCAUAACCAAACUGGCCCAUGAAGUAGCUGAGAAACAUGUAGCUGUGACUGGAGAUUUAGUGGUUCAGCCUUCUGAUGAUCUCUUCUGGUUCCAUAAACCUAAGCUUGUUCUGUUCCUCAUCCAUAUCAUCCUCUUCCAGAACUCCUUUGAACUUGCAUUUAUCUUCUUCAUAUGGCUUCAAUACAAGUUCGAUUCCUGCAUAAUGGGGAAAGUUGGUUACAUCAUUCCCAGACUCAUUUUAGGGGCAUUUGUACAGUUUGUCUGCAGCUAUAGCACUCUUCCACUCUAUGCCCUGGUGACACAGAUGGGAAGUCAAUUCAACAAGGCGGUAUUCGAAGAGCACGUUCAAGUGGGACUGGUCGGUUGGGCGAAGCAGGCCAAGAAGAACACCGUUCUAAGGAAGGCUGCUGCUAAUGGUGAAUCGUCUACUACCCAUCAUGCUGCUGGACACAGCGAAGAUUCUUCUUCUCCUCCUCCUCGCCCUGCUCCUCUGGCAGCCGCCUUCCAAAUGGCGAAACUGGCGAAGAAAGAGAACAGCAGCAGUAAUGGAGAUCAAGGCGGGGAGAUUGUUGGUUAUGACAGUGGAACUGCAACUGCAGCAGCUUCUUCCCAUGGACCUCAUAAGAGCAGCUGAACCACAAUGUCAAGAAAAAGCUGCCUUCUUUUUUGUAAAUCCAUGGUGACUUGUAACUCUUUACAGACAGUUAGAUCUAUACUCGAAGUUUGACUUUGCAGAACACGGUCAUGUUGUCGAAUAGGCUUAUAGUGUAUUGUUAAGCUUAUUGCAGUGUAUCAGUAUUUUCCUUUUUUGGUAUAGUUACACCUUAUGGCGCAAUUACUCCAUCUCCAGCAGAAUGUUGCUUUAGUGUGAAGGAGUUGAACGCUAAGGCCGACAUUACCGCCAUUCGUCGCCGGCAACGGCGUCGUUUCCUCUGCAUGAUUGGAUAACGAUAAUCUAUUGUACGUUCACAGGCAAACAGCGCCGCGUGUAAAAGAAAGCUCUAAGUACGUGGAGGACUAAUGGAGUUCCGUCCCUUAUUCUAUUGUAAACCAAAA